UGAGCUGUAGAAUAGAAAAGACAUGAGCAGUGGAAUAGAAAGGACGCUAAAGUCUGAGAAUUUUAGAAAGCACAAAAAAUGAGAUAUGCCCUUCUGUUCUCUGCACUUAUUCCUGUUGUAUCAGGAAUGCUGCCCUGUGAUCCACCUAUUAAUGAAACAUGGGGGGGAAAAUGGACACCUUCCUGGAUUCAUGAAAACCAAAGACAGGAUUUACGAUGCAAACAAGAUAGAGAGGACUGCACCAAUGGAACCACCUUAUUCAAAUAUAAGAAAUAUGACACAUGCUGUGCUUGUAGAUCAUGUCCUGUCUGGGAGGGCACUGAAAUUGAGCUAUUUUUAGAAUUGAUAUCAGUGUCAGGGAAAAGCUUGAUUAUAUAUAAGCAUACACCCAAUGACACUGAUGUGGUCUUUAAACUUCAGCACACAAAUGGAGGAUUAGCAAAAAUGCCAAGCAAUCUGUGUAAUUGGGACAAUGACGCAAUUUUAAAACCUAGAUACCAUGAACAAUUUGAAAGCAUGGAGAAAAUAUGGGAAAGAAUGGUGAAAAUAAACUUUAAAAACAACAAGAUCAGUACACUUACAAAUCUUACUUGCCUUCACAGACUUGAUGAAAUAAAUAUGAAUAACAAUAAACUUACCUAUAUAUCCAACACAUCUUUUACAAGCCUUACAUACCUGAGAAGAAUAUACUUCUCUGGGAACCUAAUCACAAAAAUUGACCCAGGUAUUCUUACAGCAGUGCCUAUGAACUUAUUUGAUGUCGACUUCAGCAAUAACAAAAUGAAAGAAUUAGAUGUUUCAAAUAUGCUGUCACUUUAUCCAUUCUGUGCCAUUGGUUUUGAAUCAAAUGAAAUAACUCAACUAGUCAAUGAAGCUAAUUUUAAAUUGGACACAACUAAAACAUAUGGACCAGGUUUUGUAUUAUUCAACAACAAUGACUUACAAACAUUUCCCGAUUUCAAAGAAUUAUUACACCUGGAUGAUAUCACUCAGCUGGGCAGUCUUUUAAAUCUUGGCUUUAAUUUCUCGAAUAUCCCAUUAACAUGUGAUUGUCAUUUCGAAGAGUUUCAUUCUCUGGCCGCCGAUGUCCUUAAAACAAUCGUGUGGGAUCACAUGAAUGUGAAAUGUGUAGGACCACCGGAAUUAGCAGGAAAAACCAUACCGCAGGUCCAAGCAGAUCAACUGAUUUGUAAACUACCAGCCGAUUCUGGUUGCCCUACCCCCGAAUGUAAUUGUACAGAUCAACCAUCAAAGGACACUUUAUAUGUAGACUGUUCUAUAAAAGAUGAAAAACAAUGGUUAGACACUCUUCCUGCAAUUCAUCAGUCAAAGCAUUCAAACUUUAUAGAAUUGGAUAUUUCUGGCCAUAGAAUUACAGACAUUUCAAAUAUUACUCUACUCAGGAAUAUUAAAAUGCUGAAGGCAUCAAACAAUAACAUCAGGGAAAUUAACGAUGAUGUUGUAAAAGCUCUUGAAAAUGCUACCGUUGAUUUAUCAAAUAAUUCUAAUAUGGAACGAUUACCAAAGUUGUUCCUUCAAUAUCGUAAUGUUUGCACUACAUACAUGAAAAAUCUUUUAAUUGAUUGUAACUGUGACUCUUUAUGGAUUGAGACAUGGCUAAAGUCAUCGAAAUGCAACGUGGCAGAACAAAUGUUCAACUGUCAGCUUCCAAAUAAAGAUAUCAAGCCAGCUUUGGAGUUCAGAUCAACAGAUGUAGAUUGUUCUACACCUGAAUAUCUACCUUAUGUUUUAACAGCAGUGACUGUUUUUCUAAUUCUACUGAGUACAACAGUUUACAAAUUUCGCUACGAGUUGCUGAUUAUAUAUAUUCGUUUGAAACAGGUAGAUAGGUGGAAGGUUUUGUCUCAUUAUAACUACGAUGUAUUCCUGUCGUUUAAUGAUGAUGAUGUAAUUGUCACAAAAUGGGUGGAUGAUACCCUAGAAGACAAUUUACGUGCUGCAGGAUAUAGAGUAUUUCAAGCAGGUCAUGAUGUCACAUUUGGUGCAGAGCGAAAUUCUGAAGUGCUGGAGACAAUCAAUAAAACAUGCAACUUUCUUCUUAUCCUAUCUGACGGCUAUUUAAAUCAGGAUAAUGAAGGAAUAAGACCUUGGACAGAAAACGAAUGGAAAUAUGGAUGGCACAACUUUAUGAAGGACAAAUACAAGAACCUUAUCAUUAUAAACUUUGAUCACAUUUCGUCAUUCGAUGUCAAUCAGCAACAAAUAAAGGCAUUCUUAAGAGUUGGCUGCACAAUCGAUUUCAGAAAUCAUCACAGAAAAAUCAUAAAAGAUGUCUGUGGGAAACUUGGAAAGCCAUUUUAUCCUCAAAUGAAAGAUGCAAGAGGUCUAGAAAAUAUGAAACCUAAACUUUCAGAAAAUGUAUCAUUUACUGCUAAUUUUGAUGAACAAUCAACUUCAGAACAAGAAACAAGUCUUACUACUCCUAUUCUAAAGAAUGACCUUCAUACAAGAAAGAAAUACUUGCAGAAUCUAUCAAAUUCUGAAAGACAUGAAAAUGAUGAAUUAACAAAAGACAGCAGUUAUAAACAACACAAAGGCCAAAGGCAGUCACAUGCAUUGAUGCACAAUGAAGUAAAGUUGGAAAGAAGACCUAUCAAUUCACACACCAAAAAUCAAAAAUCUAUGAAGACUUCUCAUAACUUUUCCCAACAACAAACUCCUGAGUCUGCAAUAGAGCUCUCACAAACAUACAAACUAUGCAAGUCUGUUAACAUAAAUCCUUCAUGUAAACGAAAGAGCUCUGACAGUGAACAACAACGUUUUAAAUCAAUCUUUCCAAUGUUUGAUCAACAAACUGAGAGCAGUUAUUAUACAAGUACCAAGCAACGAGCAAGGAGAGGCGAGACAAAUUUUACAAAGGUUGUUUCAUAUGAUCCUGAGAAUAAAGCUACAUAUCAAAACAUCGAAGAAGAUGAGGACCUAUUUCAGCUGAACAUGAACUUGACAAACAGUGAGAGAAGUCUGUCUGUUGUUAUGGAUAGUAACUUUAAUGGAUCUGAAACAAGAAGCCUUGAAGGUCAAGUAUCUGAAGCAAGAAGCCUUGGAGGUCAUGUAUUUGAAACAAGAAGCCUUGGAGAUCAAGUAUCUGAAACAAGAAGCCUUGGAGAUCAUGGAUCUGAAACAAGAAGCCUUGGAGGUUCUUCAAAUAGCUCCACAACAAGUAUUGGUAGUUCAACUUUGUUUUUUAAUUCAAAGAAUAUAAAUAAUACAACUUUAACAGAAAUAAGUUAUGCUUAGAAAACAAGAUAUGACAUGUAUGUUUCAUGGAAAAUCAAAUUUGUUUCAAAGAGGAAGCAGUUACAAUUUUUUUAUAUAGAUAUUUUGACUUAUCAAUUUCAAUAUACAGGUUUAUAAAUGUGUUUUCAAAUUGUUAAAAGUGACAGUAUUAAAACCUUUGUCCAAUAUUUUGCAAAGAGUUUAUAAUGUUAAAAAAAAAAAAGUAAUGUGAACUGCCUGUAAAUUUUCUUACUUAAUUAUCUCAGGAAAAAAAGAGUUAUAUUUAAAUGGUUGUGAUGUUUAACAAUAGCAAUCCUGAGAGAGAUCUUAUGUAGAACAUUGCAGAAUAAUAAGUAUAUCAAAACAAUCAUUUUCCUCUCUAAACUUGACAUAUUGUUUCCAUUUUAAUGCUCCUUCUCUAAAUUAGCGCCACAACCACAUUUUGUAGAGGAAAAAAUCUUACCUUAUAGAUUAAUAAUCCAUAAUGAAAGAGCAAUCCAAAAAAUCCAAACAUUUUUAUUAUAAAAAUUACAAAUUAAUAAUUAACAAUUAAGUAAUGUAAAAUAAUUAAAACAAAUAAUCCUGUAUUAUAUAUUACAUUAUUAUAAUGAAUAAUGAUUUUUAUAAUUGAAUUGUAUCUUUAAUAAACAUAUCUUAAGUCCUAAUUAGCGACCACAUUCAAAAAAUGUAACUCCCUGGAAACAAUACGGUACUUUUUUUCAUAUAAAAUCUUGUUUGUUGUAGCAUAAAAUAAAUUUAAUUUUUUUAGCAAUAUUGAUCCUUUUCAUUUCACACAACAUGUGUGUCAUAUUGUACAGUGAAUAUCAAUCUUUUUCAGCGAUACUGAUCCUAUUCUUUUCUCAUAGAAUGAAACUGUCAUAUUGUAGAGUGAAUAUCAACAUGUUUGUAAAAUUUAACAGUGAAUAUCAACAUGUUUGCCAUAUUGUACAGUGAAUAUCAACAUGUCUGUUAUAUUGCACUGUGAAUAUCAACAUGUUUAUCAUUUUGUACAGUAAAUAUCAACAUGUUUAUCAUAUUUUACAGUGAAUAUCAACAUGUUUGUCAUAUUUUACAGUGAAUAUCAACAUGUUUGUCAUAUUGUACAGUGAAUAUCAACAUGUUUCCCUAAGUAUUAAGUUCCUGUUUUAUUAUGCAGACAAUAGUUUCUCUGCUUGUUUGUAUCUUUCUUUGGAUUAAAACUCAUAUUUCUAUUUAGUUCAUAGUCGCUAAAUUUUACUCUGAUGUUAACAGUUUGAAAUAGCCACAAUUUAAAUAGCCUUGUGAGGCUGUAUCAUAAUUAAAUUGAGACCUAGAACUAACAUGCUUUAGGUCAUUCUAGUUUUACUCAAAGUUCAGGCCCUCAGGUUAUUUAUGACUUAAUCAUGAAACCAGGUAACUUUUUCAUUUGAAUGAUUUCAAUGUCACUGGCAGUGUCUGAGGUUGGUAAGGGAAGUAAUAAGAACAAGUUCACGGACAAGUUACUUCCCUUUAGCCAUGUUAUUAUAAUAUAUCUCUCAAAUCCUUUUUAGACAGAGACAGGUGAUUUUUUAACAUCUAUAAUCAUUAUAGGUAUUUAUUGACUAAAUUAGCUAGAUCUAAUUAUCAAAUA